UUCUCUAUCCCUAGAAUAUCAAAUCCACAACCAAUUAAUUCCCCUAUAGUUUCUUUCUUCUCUCCGUUCCAAUGGGGGAGCCAUGCCAACAAUAUUGGUUUUCGGAUAUGGAAAUACAAGAUUUUGAUUUCUUUAACCAAAGCCAGAACCACAAGAUUGGAUCACUCGAUCGUGAUGAGGAUCGGAUCUUUCGAGAGAUCAUGAUGCAUCAACCAGUUUUCUCUUCUGACAGCGAUACUCACUCUCCCAAAAUUCUAAGCAAAUCAAUCCACGGUGGUGAUAGUGGUUAUAAUACUUACACAGCCCUUGCCAACAACAAGAGUAGCAAUAGCAACCUAGUGAUGAAGAGCAACAGCUCCAACUUCAUCUUCUCAUCACAACAUGCACCACCAGAGAAACCUUCCACAGCCACAGUCGCUUCCCCAACCGCAUACAUUCUUUCAUUCGGCGACUCCACCCUAGUGGCAGCUACACGCCAAAACUACGGUGGAAAACAGCCCUACCACGAGGAAGUGGUAGUAGGGAGUGGUGGCGUAUGUCUUCCCUCAAAAGGGGUCUCAGAAAAACAUGAUGUUGAACCUACUACGGCCAACCAAACAACAAAGAGAAGUAGAAGCUCUGCGGAGACACUAGACCAUAUAAUGACAGAGAGAAAAAGAAGACGGGAACUGACUGAGAGAUUCAUUGCACUUUCAGCCACCAUACCUGGCUUAAAGAAGAUUGACAAGGCCACUAUACUCAGUGAAGCAAUCACUCAUGUGAAAAGACUUAAAGAACGUGUAAGGGAGCUCGAAGAACAGUGUAAGAGGACAAAGGUAGAGUCAGUGUCAUUCGUUCAUCAGAGACCCCACAUUACAACUGAUAAAGGCACCACCUCUGGUGCAAUGAACUCUGAUGAAUGCUGUAGAACCAAUGAAGCACUCCCUACGGUGGAAGCAAGAGUGUUUAAAAAAGAUGUACUCCUCCGGAUUCACUGCAAGAUACAAAGUGGCAUUUUGAUCAAAAUUUUGGAUCAUCUUAAUAGUCUUGAUCUCUCCACAAUCAGCAACAGUGUAAUGCCAUUUGGAAGUUCAACUCUUGAUAUCAGCAUUAUUGCUCAGAUGGGGGACAAAUUCAAAGUAACAAUGAACGAUCUAGUGAAAAAUCUGAGACUGGCUCUCUUGCAGUCAUCUGAAGUACAAUAAUGGUCCAUACUAGUAUCAAUUAAUUAUCAAAGGUGUUUGAGGAUCUGAAAAUUCUGCUAGUUCUAGCUCUCCGUGUGGGUGUGAUCUUGGCUUGAGAAUUAGGUCACUGUCUUGUUAUUCAUGAAGGAGAAUCUACUAGUGUUUGAUGAAUGGAAUGAAUUACGAUUUCAUGCAUGAUAUUUUCAAAUUAUGACACUAGCAUAUAUAUAAUAUAUUCUAUAUAUAGAUGAUAGCUCAGUUUUCACUUUUCAGCAUUAGAGCAUCUAGCUCCAACUUUCAAGAUAGCUAGGUUUGUUGCCCUAUGUUUGGUAAACUUAAUGUCCUCCCAAAUUAUUUGUCGAAUAAAGAACAACCUGGCAUCCUCCUCUCUAUGUACUGGCUGCUGAUGCUUUGUAAAUUAUAAUUAAUAUAAUUUGCAUAGUGUGAUGACAAAAUAAGAAAAAGGAAGUAUUUAUA